AUGGAUUUCGAUGACGAUGCCCCUCCAGAGUUGGUUGAAACUGCGGGGCAGAUUGAACAAAAUGGUGAAGAAAUUACUGUCAAAGUCCCUAUUACAAUUGUGACUGGUUACUUGGGAGCUGGAAAGACUACACUGUUGAAUUACAUCUUGACGGCUCAACAUGGCAAGAAGAUUGCCGUUAUUAUGAAUGAAUUUGGAGAUUCACUGGACAUUGAAAAGUCUCUUACCGUCAACCAGGGAGACGAUAGGGUGGAAGAAUGGCUAGACGUGGGAAACGGCUGCAUUUGCUGUUCAGUCAAGGAUACGGGCGUAAAUGCCAUAGAGUCUCUUAUGGAAAAGAGAGGCGCAUUCGAUUAUAUCCUCUUAGAAACCACAGGCCUCGCAGACCCAGGCAACAUCGCGCCGUUGUUUUGGGUAGAUGAUGGGUUGGGAAGCACGAUAUAUUUAGAUGGAAUCGUUACCCUGGUCGACGCCAAAAAUAUUCUGCGCAGCUUGGAUGACCCGACUGGGAAAGUUGAGGGGCAUCAAGACCAUGAUGACCACGGGCCGCUGAUGACGACCGCGCAUGUGCAAAUAUCUCAUGCAGAUGUCAUCGUUAUUAAUAAGUCAGACCUUGCUACAGAGGACGAGUUACAGCUUGUUAAGGCGCGAAUCCAAUCCAUCAAUGGCCUAGCAAAGUUGCAUGUUACAGAAAAGAGCGUCGUGCCCCAAUUGGAAGGACUAUUACUUGACCUGCAUGCAUACGACCAAUUCAACGAAGCGAAUGAACGGCUCAAAGGCCACAGUCAUCUCGAUCCCACCAUAUCAACAAUGUCAAUUCCAGUGCCCUGCCUCUUGCCAGGUAAGGUGGCCGAGGUGGACAAGUGGUUACGCUCUGUGCUGUGGGACAACAAACUGCCGGGAAGCGAGAAUGAAGGGACGUUCGAGAUUCAUCGAUCCAAGGGGCGCAUAGUCUUGCGAGAUGGGACGGCCAGGAUGUUGCAGGGUGUGAGGGAGGUGUUUGAGCUGACCGACGCCCCAGAAACUGCGCAGGUGCAACCAGAGCAAGGCAAAAUUAUAUUUAUAGGGCGAAAGCUUGUAGAGGAAGAUUUUGUACGGAGCUUUAACAAUGCCAUCAAUUGA